AUGAAGUUCGGAAGUAGUUUUUGCACCCUGAAUGUUGGCGGUCGCAGGUUUCCCUUCUCAGUGGAACUGAUGAAGCACCUCCCACUGAGCAGACUCAGCCGCCUGUAUCGCUGUGUGUCAGAGAGCGAGUUGUUAGAGCUGUGUGAUGACUACGAUCGUGACAGAAAUGAGUUUUUCUUCGACCGGCACUCUGAGGCCUUUAGCUUUAUCAUGCUGUACCUUCAGCAUGGCAAGUUGCGAUUUGUCCCACACAUGUGUGAACUGUCCUUCUAUAAUGAAAUGCUCUACUGGGGCCUUGAAAGUGCAGACUUGCAACUGUGCUGCCAGAGGCGGCUGGAUGAACGCCUGUCUGACUGUUUUGUUCAUUUUUUUCCCGAAGAGGAGCCACAAGACUCAGAAGAACCGGAUGACCAUUGGCUGGAGAGGAUGCGAAGGACAUUUGAGGAGCCCACAUCCUCUGUGGCUGCACAAAUCUUGGCAUCCGUGUCUGUGCUGUUUGUCCUUAUUUCUAUGGUGAUGCUGUGUGCAAGCACCUUACCAGAAUGGAAGGCUGCUGAGACAACAGAUGAACACAGGAUCAUUGAGGCAGUUUGCAUUGGUUGGUUCACCGCUGAGUGCAUUGUCCGUUUCAUCAUAUCUCGAGACAAAUGCGAAUUUGUGCGCCGUCCUCUGAACAUCAUCGACUUGCUGGCCAUCACUCCUUAUUACGUCUCAGUUACUGCGACGUUCCUGACGGGAGAGAACUCUCAGCUUCAGCGGGCAGGCGUGACGCUGCGGGUACUGCGUAUCAUGAGAAUCUUCUGGGUGAUCAAGCUGGCGCGUCACUUCCUCGGCCUACAAACCCUUGGCCUGACUCUGAGACGAUGUUAUCGCGAGAUGGUGAUGCUUCUGGUGUUUAUUUUUGUUGCAAUGGCCAUCUUCAGUGCCCUGGCCCAGCUUUUAGAAGGAGGAAACCAGGAUUAUACCAGCAUCCCUGCUGCCAGCUGGUGGGUCAUCAUCUCUAUGACUACAGUGGGGUACGGAGACAUGUACCCGGUAACUGUUGCAGGCCGUGUACUGGGUGGGUUCUGUGUGGUAAGCGGAAUUGUGCUUCUAGCCCUGCCAAUUACCUUCAUUUACCACAGUUUUGUGCAGUGUUACCAUGAGCUCAAAGUGCGUUCAGCACGCUGUAUUCGUAGUCCGUCGACUGAUUUCAUUGACUGA